AAAGAAYGGGAGAAGUAGAGGUAGGACGAAAAGGGGAGGAACGCCUAUCGAACACAGGUUGUUGUUGAAAUACCUUCAAGAGUACCAGGAACGAACACUCUCUUUUUACCAAUCGUUAUCAMCUACGAAACAGCUAUCAUCAAAGAAAAAUAAUUUUGACGAAAAUCAAACUUACACUAAGCCGGUUGAAAUAGAUGGAGUUGAGCUUCCGGUACUCCAAAAYARCGAGAUAAUAGAAAAACCGUUCUUGGCGUUACCAAAAGAGCUCACGGGAUACCAUCGUUCAAUAGUCCAUAAUUUAUGCACGGAUACCCUAAAUUUGUUUCAUUGUGGCGUCGAUGGRGAAAAUGAGGGAGAUCGAUUCGUUGCUAUUUCURUCUACAGUGAUGGGCUCAAUUUUGUCCCAGGAAUAGAGAUCCCGAACUGCGUUGCACCUCUCGCUCUACAGCUAGGAAAAUAUAAACCAUGGAUCAUGAAAAAGAAUGUAGAUUCUAGGGUGGAAACUGAAGACCGCAAGAAAAUGAUCUGGGAAAUGAUUGACCAACCWGGUCGAUGCCUGAGGGAUUCCCAAGACACGAUUGAUACAAUAGCAAUGAAGGGRAAAAAUCUCAGCAACAUCGUACCCCCAGGAAUAGGGGAUACCGCGUGUUUGAUUGUGGAUUCCGCAGGGCUGWUGCAMCAAUGUAUCAAAGAGCUUGAAGACAGCAAACCCACCGAAAUCGCUUUUGAUAUUGAAUGCUAUAACAAAGGAAAAGAACAACAAAUCACCUGCUUGAUUCAGCUAGCUACGAAYGAUGGCAGAGAAUAUGUCAUUGACGUUCUGGGUGGUAAGAAUGGCGAGGUCUGGGAUGGAGUACAUGGUCUUGCCAAGACCUUUGCAGACAGGGGCAUUGUCAAGAUCGGACACGGUAUUCGAGGAUUAGAUGUACAAAGCCUACAACGAGAUUUUGGYAUUUUUGUCGUGAAUGCAUUUGACACGUACGAGGCAGCAAACGUUCUACAGUUAAAAGACAAGGGUCUCGCAAAAGUUUGCGCGCAUUACGGGUUGCAAAACUCAGAGGUAUACAACGAUCUGAAAGGGAAAUACCAAGCAACAGAUUGGUCGCAACGCCCGCUUACAGAAGACAUGAUACUAUACGGCAGGUAUGAUGUCCAUUACCUCAUUGAACUGCGGAGAUUGAUGUUAAGAGACUUGAUCGGCAAUGCCGAAACAAAAGACGAACYAUUGAGGGCACAGGACCUUCGAAUGAGCAUGAAACUCAUGCAAGUCGUUUCGAAGAGCCAAGACAAUUGUCUCAAGUUAUGGAAUACGAAGCCAGAGCCUCACCUAGCAAACAAACAGUUUCAGUCUCUUGCAAAAGAGCGGGAAAAAAUAGGUUACGGUUUGACCAAAUCUCAGUUAAGUCUUUACGCGAGAUUAGCUUCUUGGCGGGAAACUAUCGCGAAGGAAGAAGAGGCAUUGCCUGGGAUAAUCUGYGGGUUAGACUACUUUGCCAGGGUUGCCGUCCAUCGUCCGAUGACAGAAGAUGGGUUGCGACAAAUUCGUUUCGACAUUCCACAUUUUUUGUUGAAAAAUCAUAAAAAAGAAAUGGUAGUGAUGCUUGGAUGGGUCAAAGAGUCUCUAGAAGAAGAYGGUAUAMCCGCAAAGGAAUAUCCAACAUACGAAGAAGUUUUUCAGCUGCUUUCUAACAACAAAAGAAUGAAAAUCUCGCCAGCUAAGGAAGGCAGCGCUAAUGCGGACAUGAAUAAAAGCAGGAUAAUCGCAAGUCCUGUAUUUUGGGCCGUAACUUGUGCAACAAUAUCUGCAGUUAUCUGUAGUCUCAUUACCGAUAGAAAAAGGAAGGGGUCCAAAAUGUGAUGGGAUUUUAAUCUUCUCAAUGCUUUGCCUAAGCCUUUUACCUCAACAUGAUUCAUGGCAUGCUAGAUUUUGACAGAUGAAAAGGGAUCGUAGCAGCCAAGAAUUCAUUUUCAGCCCAUAAAAUCAAGAGGUUGAUUGAAUUUUGCAUGAUGAAUACUCAACGGCAGUUUUGAUCGAUUAGUUUGCAACUUCGGGUGUUUUUCCUCUCGUUCUGUUUUCUCCUUAAUGUUUGUUAAG